AUGACGAGAGCGUCUCAUCACAACGACUGUCGGCAGGAUGAACGAAUAUCUAAACCCAAACGACCUCAAUCCGCUACGCAUUACCCAGGCAUUCCUCCCGGCUCUUCGAGCAGGCAACGCCCAGAAGAUAAUCUUUGUAUCUUCCUACUGUGGCUCGUUCGAUAUUCAAAUCAAAAGGCUGUCCGGUGGGGCGGUCCAUAUGCUGUUUCCAAGGCCGCUGGAAUCAUAAAUGCAGUUCAGUUGAAUAACGAACUUCACGCCGAUAGUUUCACGGUUAUUCCCCUGCAUCCUGGUUUGGUGGCCACCGAUAUGGGGAACAUUGGUGGUUGUGGCGGAAUGCCUGUUGAUGGAGCUGUGAGGAAGAUUCUGAACGUGAUUCAGAACGUCAAUUAA